AUGACGCGGCUCGGAGUUGACGGUGGCCCGGUGGUCGAGACUAAGAACGGAGCGGCAGCCAAAGGCGGAGCGCGUCCCGAGGGACGUCCCCAGCGGAGACGGAGCAGCGGUGAGCGCAGCUCGCGAGCGAGGGUGAAGCAGCUGAUCCUGGUGGACCCGUGGGGCUUCCCCGAGCGGCCCCUUAACCCGGACCAGGAGCGGCCCGUGCCAAUGUGGGUCAAGGCCAUCGGCUUUGUGCUGAGCCCCUUCAACCCGCUGGCCGGCCUACGCGCCGCCGGGCCAUGGGGGCCCGGCAUGGUGCAGCGCUUCCGGCCGGACUUCAAGCGCAAGUUUUCCAACCUCUUUGACGACGACACCAUCUGCGAGUACAUCUACCACUGCAACGCGCAGACGCCCAGUGGUGAGACGGCCUUCAAGGCCAUGACGAUCCCGUACGGCUGGGCCAAGCGGCCCAUGCUGCACCGCAUCGGCGACCUGGACCCGGCCAUCCCCAUCGCCAUCAUCUACGGCGCCCGCUCGUGGAUCGACAGCAGCUCCGGUGGCAAGGUGGUGGAGGCGCGGCCCGGCUCACGCACGCGCCUCGUGCAAAUACGCGGAGCUGGGCACCACGUGUACGCGGACCAGCCGGAGGACUUCAACAAGAUGGUGGAGCAGAUUUGCGACAGCAUCGACUAAAUGCGGCGCAUGUCCAGGGGGUGGGGAUGGCCCAGGGCAAUCGAGGCCAACAACACCGGGACAACACAAAUGCUGAAGUAAA